AUGCCACAGUUUACUUACCUGAGAAAAUUUGGUACUUGCUUAAGCUGCAAGCAAAGCAUCAACUAUGCUUCUCCGACAGUUUAUGCACUUUCCACCGCUCCAGCAAGGGCAGCAAUCGGUGUUAUCCGUAUCACUGGACCCGCUUCAAAGAAGAUCUUCACGAAGUUGACACAUUCAAGUUCCACCCCUCAGCAUAGGGUUGCAUCUGUAAGGAAGAUAUAUGAUACUCUAACGACGUCAGACGUAUACGGGGAAAGAAAAUCAAAGAAAUUAUUACUGGACGAAUGCUUGGUAUUGUUUUUCGAGUCUCCUAAAUCUUACACGGGUGAGGACUUACUUGAACUACAUCUACACGGUGGUGUUGCCGUGAUUAACAGAGUAAUGAGCACGAUUGGAAAGCUUCAUUCACCUAUAUCCCCUAUCAGAUUGGCUGAGCCGGGCGAAUUUUCCAAACGUGCUUUUCAGAAUCAACGAUUUGAUUUGACAGAAGUAGAAGGAAUCAACACCCUCAUUCAUGCAGAAACAGAAAUGCAGCGAGUCAGUGCUUUAUCAUCAAUGAAGGGUGAGACAAACAUUCUAUUCAACCAAUGGAGAGAAAGAAUUUUGAGAAACAUUGCCUUGCUAACAACAGUCAUAGAUUUCGGUGAAGAUCAUGACAUAGAUGAGGUCAAUGAUCUUUUUGACCAUGUCAACAUCGAUAUAGUAGACUUGCAAAAGGAAGUUGAAGAAUAUCUUUUGAAAGUAAGACGCUCUCAAAUACUACUGGACGGCAUCAAAAUAACGUUGACUGGCCCUCCCAACGCAGGGAAAAGCAGUUUACUUAACAUAUUGGCUCAGGAUGAUAAGGCAAUAGUAAGCAGCAUUGCUGGAACAACAAGAGACGCCAUGGACGUUCCGCUUGAUAUAAACGGAUAUAAAAUAAUCAUAGGAGAUACCGCAGGUAUAAGAAAGAGUACGGAUGAAAUAGAAAAGGAAGGUAUUAAGCGAGCCAAAAAGAAAUCAAUGGAGGCCGAUAUCAACAUAUUGAUAUUGCCGGCCGACGAGUUAGACACAGAAACUGAGUUUUUGGCUCAUGCCUUAAGCUUGGUGAGAAACUCUGAUAAGGAAAACAUGUUGAUAAUCAACAAAAGCGAUUUAAUAUCUAAGGAAAUGAGAGAAGAAAUACUGGUUUUAUUCUCCGAAAGGCUGGGCAUUCCUCAAGAGAGCAUCCUGUUCAUUAGCUGCACCGAGAAUGAGGGCAUUGAAAAGUUGAUUGGCAACUUAACUGCUCGUUUUGAAAAGGUUACUAACUCAGAUAAAGAAGAUCCUAUUUCUAUUUCAAAUAGAGCAAAGGAAAUACUCGCUAAUGAUGUCCUUUAUGGGUUUAGUGAAUUUUACAAAUUUAAAGAAAUUGACGAUAUUGUAAUGGCAUCUGAGGGAUUGAGGUCGAGUGUAGAAGGAAUAGGGAAGAUUACUGGCCAAGCUAUAGGCGUGGAGGAAAUUUUAGGAGUUGUUUUCUCCAAGUUCUGUAUUGGGAAAUGA